CCUCCAUCCAGCAACCUGCUCUGAAAUCUCUCGGAUUACAAGCGCAGAAGUACAAGCAGAAGCUCGCUUUGCUCCUCCGUCAAGGUUGCUCAAAGAAUCGGCUGGGCUCCGGCACUGAUCGAUCCCCAAAGCUCCAAGCCUUUGGAAACUUCCCAGGAGCUCCGGUGCUGCCGUGCAAAGGAGAUGGCCAACAGUGGUCUACAGAUGCUGGGCUUCAUCCUGGCCUUCGUCGGCUGGGUGGGCUUGAUCAUCAGCACGGCCAUGCCCCAGUGGAAAAUUAACGCCUAUGCUGGGGAGAACAUUGUGACAGCCCAGGCCAUCUACCAAGGUCUCUGGAUGAACUGCGUCACACAGAGCACAGGGCAGAUGCAAUGCAAAGCCUUCGACACCUUGCUCAGCCUCCCAAGUAUUCUCCAGGCAACUCGGGCUUUGAUGGUGUCCUCCAUUCUCUUGGGGCUCAUUGCCUUCUCCAUCUCCUUAAUCGGAAUGAAGUGCAUGAAAUGCAUGGAGGACGACCAGGUCCAGAAGAUGAGAAUGGCCAUUAUCGGAGGCAUCUUCUUCCUGGUUGCAGGAUUUGCCGCCCUGGUGGGGACUUCUUGGUAUGGAAACGAGGUCGCACGCCAAUUCUUCGACAUUUACACGCCUGUCAACACCAGAUUUGAAUUUGGACCCGCUCUCUUCAUCGGCUGGGCAGCUGCGGCCCUGACCAUCCUGGGAGGGGGCUUCCUGUGCUGCUCCUGCCCUCGCCGCGAAACCACCUACCCGCCGAGCCGGCCGUACCCCAAGUGCGCCCCCUCUUCCGCGAAAGAUUAUGUAUAACCCGGAAUGGAGACGGAACAAAUUGCCUUGGCAUUUAAGAAACCAAAGGGACGCUGACUUCUCGUUGUCCUUCGGAAAGCAGGGCGUGUGCCUUCGCCCCCUCACCCUGCUCUCCCUUGCAUAAAACAAAUGCCUAUAUUUAUACCGAUGCCAUCCAUGUGUAGCCAUUUCUGCUCCCGCAUGGGCAAAUUCGUCCCCAUCCUUCCGACAGAUGAGGAGGCCCCAAACAUGUACAUAACUGCUGUGAAAUGGCACCAAAUGUAUCUCCCUUUCCUUGAGGGUGUGAGACAGGCAGCCCCACCACCUCCCCCCCCAAAUAUUGUUUGUGUAUUCCCUCUUUAUUCCCUUCUUAUGUUAGGGCACUCAAGCAUGGGCCUGCCGCCUCAUUCUGCUUAUCCUUUGUAUAUAUUUCGACGCUGAAGCGGCAGAAGGGGCACAGGUCUAGGGCAGGAGGCCAGAGGUUUCAAAACCUUGAAUGAGGGUCUGCUUGAAGAAUCCGUUUGAAUGCAUGGAUGUGUUGGGUUUCUGUUCCUCUCCCCAAACCCCAAACCCUUUGCCAAGGACUAGUUG